UCGUGAGAACUUGUCAUGUUGGUGCUGCUGUCAGUUUUCCUGGGUAGGAACUUUUGUUCUACCACGUGUUUCCGGUCGGCUUCACUUCACUUCCUCUCCACGCGACCUGCUUCAUACAUGCCGACUAUGGAGUCCGCAGAAGAGGAGUCGUUGCACGACCAGAGUUCAGAGGAAGAAGCCGGUGAACUGUCGGAUGGAGAGCUUCAAGAAGCCUUCAGCAAAGGAUUGUUGAAACCUGGGAUGAACGUUCUGGCGGAGAAGAACAAGAAGUUUGUCAACAAUGUGGGGGGGUUGAAACAGUGCCUUGCUGACUUCCGCAAAGAUCUACCUUGGGUAGAGAGGUUAGACAUGACCAAUCUGCCAGCUGAAGGCGUCCUCUCCAAACCUGAAGAGAAGGUCCCUGCUGGGAUCAACAGUGAACUCGAUGCUGAUGACGAUUUCCAAAGAGAAAUGUUCUUCUACCGGCAGGGUCAGGCUACAGUCCUGGAGGCCCUGCCUCUCCUGAAAGUGCACAACAUAGCCACUAAGAGGCCUGAUGAUUACUUUGCAGAGAUGGCCAAGUCAGAUCAGCAAAUGCAGAAGAUAAGGCAAAAGUUAAUCACGAAGCAGAUGAUCCUGGAAAGGUCUGAAAAGGCCAAAAAGCUGCGUGAGCAGAGGAAGUUUGGGAAAAAGGUCCAAAUAGAGGUGAUUCAGAAGAGACAGAAGGAGAAGAAGGCUAUGAUGUCUGCUGUAAAGAAGUACCAGAAAGGAAUGACUGACAAACUGGAUUUCUUGGACGGAGACCAGAAAGCAGCAAAAAAUUCUUCUGAUGCGUCGAAGAAAGCUGUUGCCAAAAAGGGCCCUAAUGCAAAGCGAAAAUACAAGGACCAAAGGUUUGGCUUUGGAGGUAAAAAGAGUGGAAAGAAGUGGAACACCAAGGAGAGCUUCAACGAUGUUUCCGGUUUCCGCGCCAAAAUGGCUCAUGACAAGGGAGCGAGGAAAGGCAAAGGAGGGAACAAAAAUAAACGUCCGGGCAAGUCUGUGCGCAGGAAAAUGAAGGGUCGCUCAUAAAACUGACUGGACUCGGACCUCAUUUCCUGGGCAGGAUUAGGCAUGACUCUCUGCAAUCCGGACUGUGGUUACCUGUAUAUGUUUCAUACAGUAUUGUCAAAUGUGGAUUUGUGCAUGGAUGUAGAGCAACAUAAAUCCCUUUAAACACACAGUGAGGUGGAUCCUAUCGAGACAAAAGUGAACUGCAUAGAGAGGUCUAAAAUCCAAAGUUUUGCUUUUCUAGUUUGUCAUCAUAAGAUGGUUUUAAAGCCAUUUUUUGUAACCGUACUUCAGUAUCUUCUCCAUACCAUGUAUUCUGAGUUUGGGAAUACUGUUUUAAUGUUUUCCCUCAUUCAGUUCUUUGACUUAAUUGAUUCCCCCGAUCUGGCAUGACAUUUUCUGUUACCAAGCUGGUGUUCAUUUUGCCCUUUCCUAUUCAUUAGUAUGAUACGUUUGUAAUGUGCUUUAUAUUGACUUGUGGUUUAUUUUGCAAAGACGCAGAUGGAAAAGAAAAGGUUUUAAUGAUGAACACAAUAAAUCACUUCUCUUGGUUUAUUUUAA